UUUUUUUUUUUUUUAAUAGGCUUCUGUUUGCUGGUGGAAGUAUCACCACAGCAAAAAUAUUGUGUGUUAAACUGUAGCGGAUAGUUUGCUAUCACCAAAAAGUGUAUGCUGAAUCAUAACACCAUGUGACCCCGUGUUUUGCCAGGCACACUGAACCAGCAUGGCUACCACAGCAAGGGCUAAUUGACCAAGAAGGAGAAUGAUGGAAUGCUGCUUCAGAUGACCUGGCCUCCAUAGUCACCUGACCUAAACCCAAUCCAGAUGGUUUUGGAUGAGACGGACCACAGAGUGAAGGCAAAAAGGCCAACAAGUGCUCACCAUCUCUGGGAAUUCCUUCAAGACUGUUGGAAAACCAUUUCAGGUGACUACCUCAUGAACCUCAUGGGGAGAAUGCCAAGAGUGUGCAAAGCAGUAAUCAGCAAAGAUGCUGAGCACCAUGGGUCGGCACAGUAGCAGUAUUGUCUCUCACAGUAUUCCAGUAGUGAGUGUGUGCAUCGCUGCUCUGCUCCUCAGCAAUGUCAUAAUUUACCUUUAUCUGGACUCUGUGUAUCAGACUGAUGAGCACCUGGUGUCUCCUCAGAUGGGCUGUGUGCCUCAACACUUUAAAAUCUCAACCAUGAAAAACUGCACACCCUGGCUCCAGUGUUCACAGAUAAAUUCUGAAGUACGCAAGUUGAAGAUGAUCGGCCAGGGAGCUGUUAAGAAGGUCUACCUGGCAGAGUGGAGAGGUCAGAAGGUGGCGCUGUCCAAACUUGCCUCCAUGGAUUACCUGGAGGAUUUUGUCCAUGGAUUGUCCAUGUUACAGGCCUUACAGGGCCCCCAAGUGGUGCAGUUGGUGGGGUCUUGUCUUGAAGAUCAAACCCUUGUUACAGAACACCACCCACUUGGCUCACUGCUUAACUUGGAUGGUGUUCUUGCGCAAGAGCAGCACAAGCAACACAAUACAUGGCAGAUACGGCUGAGGUUGGCUACAGAUUAUGUCUCCAUUCUUCAUUACCUCCAUAACAGCCCAGCUGGAUGUCGAGUCAUGUGUGACUCCAACAGCCUGGAGAAAACUUUGUCCCAAUUUUUGCUGACAAAUGAUUUUCACCUGGUAGUGAAUGACCUGGAUGCACUGCCCGAAGUGGACUCAUCCAAAGGCUCAUUUGUAAAAUGUGGCCACCGGGAGCUUACUGGAGAUUUUGUGGCCCCAGAGCAGCUGUGGCCAUUCAGAGACAGUAGGAAACCAUUUUCAGACAAUCUCAUGCCAGAGUAUGAUGAGAAGACGGAUAUCUGGAAAAUCCCAGAUGUAACAUGGUUCCUGAUGGGAAAGGUACCUGGUGGGGAUUUGGUCCACUUCCAUCUUUUUCAGAUCCACGAAGAGUGCAAGAAGGAAGACCCAAAGCUCCGCCCCUCAGCUCUUGAUGUUUUGAAGGUGUACAAAUCAGUCUACAGCAGCAUGGUGCAAGACAAUUUUGGUUUUAGAGACAUGCUGUAGACUGACAGCUUCCUUAGAAAUACCAUAAAUGUACAAUCUACAUUGGGGCAACAGUUUCACAGUUGCAGUAUAAUAAAUGCUACUAAAGUAUUCUUUAAUCUGGUAGCAAUUAGAAUAGAAUGACUUUAUUGAUCCCUGAAGAGAAAUUCAAUUAAUUCAAUAAAAUAAAUAAAAUAAAUUCAAUUAGAACACCACAUUACUGUAUUCAUAAUGUUUCUGUACUUUUUUGUUCCUGAUCAACCCAUGCUUCAUCUCAUAUGAAAUUUAGUUGUUUUUAAACAUUUUCAGUUUAUCUAAUGCAAAAAGUGAUAUGUAACUAAUGUACUAAACUACUCUGAAAACGUCUUUCUCUUGCAACACAGAAACAAAAGUUCCAUCUUUUAAAAAAUAUUUUAUGUGCUCAAGUUAAAUAAAUAAUACUAUAUUACUAUAUAUACAGUCAGUUCCCUAAACUAUUCUAUCUGAAACAUCAAGGCCUGACUAAUGAGACAGUACUUAGUAGAGGACAUCACCAAGUAACACAUAUGCAUACUUUGUGUAAAGCACUUGUUAAACUGGCAGCAGAACAGCCCCAGACUGUAAUACUCCCGCCACCAUGCUUGACAGUAGAUGUGGUGUCCUCUCCCCCAAACAUAUUUCUGUUUUUUGUAGCCAAAUAGCAAAAUGUCUGUUUUGUAUGACUACAGAAAUUUCCUCCAGACAGCCUUUUCUUUGUCUUUUUGCAGCAUGGUGACGCAAAACAAACCUGACUGUGGAUGCUGAUACCAGUGUUCAGGCAGCUUCUGAUUGAUUACAAAGUUUCUUUUGGUUGAUUCUUGGUUGACUCCCUCCAACUUUUUACAUCACCAAAACUGUAUGUAUAUUUUUGACCCAACAGACUUGUCAUAUUUCCAGAUGAUCUAUAAUAAUUCUGUGAAAGAAACAAAUAGUAUGAUUGUUGUUUUCUAUGGCUGGGCAAGUUUAUGCAUUACUGUGUUAACGUAUUAAUGCGGACAAUUAUUUUAUCCUGUAUUAACAGUUAUUAUUUUGGAAUCCGUAGCUCUCUGGUUCUAAAAGCACAUACCAUCAAACCACGGAUCACAGGAGGGCUAGAUGUUGAUCAGUACUUGGGAUGGGGGUCAUCACGUCUCAUCUAAACUAACAGUGGAGGGAGGCUUUGGCUGCAUUGGAUGCAGCAUGUGGGAGAAGCAUAGGUAAAAGAAAGACAAACUAACAAAGGUGAAAUGGUUAGCUACAAACUGCAAGGUGAUUUAGUCUUGUGGAAGAUGUCGAUCUGAGGAACAUUCUUAGGCUUGCAACCAGUGACGGCAGAUAUGAGCCUCAAACUGCAUCACUGAAUGUGUUUUUUUUUGUUUUUUCACUGAGAUUCUCCAAAGGACAUCUAUUACCAACAUGGACUUCACAGAAUAAAAAGUCUUCUGCACACUCA